AUGGUGAAAGAUGGAGAGCUGAUGAAAAUGGGGACAACAUCAAUAUCGUCAUUAUGCGAGUUUGAAAAGGAAGAGUUGAAACGGAUGCCGUUGGUGCCUCCACCAUUGAUGAAAAACAGGAGGUAUUUGUCGAAGCAGUUGUCGCUGUGCGAGACGUCUCGGGACAUGGCCUGGGAGAGGCGGCGACGCCACAGAGGGAAAAUUGGGUUGACGGAUGAUGAUUUGCAUGAACUUAGAGGUUGCAUUGAGCUUGGAUUUGGAUUCAACGAAGAAGAUGGUCUGAAACUGUGCCAUACGUUGCCGGCUUUGGACUUUUAUUUCGCCGUAAACCGUCGGCUUACGCCUAGUCCGGUUUCGACGCCUCAAAGCGGACGUUCUUCCUAUACGUUUUCACUUGGUAGCCGAUCAUCGUCUUUUGACAGUCCUGUUAGUGAGCUGGCUGAUUGGAAAAUUUGCAGUCCAGGGGAAAAUCCACAACAAGUGAAGACUAAGCUAAGACAUUGGGCGCUGGCAGUGGCAUGUUCUUUGAUGCAAUCAUAUUAA